AUGCCACACAAAGCUGACUCGAAGCUCCGCAUCGCGGUGCUGGUCAAUAUGCUUGGACACAAACCUGAAACGAGAGAUUCGUUCGUUACAACAAUCAGGGCGGCCAGACCAGAGUCGGCUAUUGACUUCUACGACCCAAUAGACGACCAGAACUAUCCCGACGUACAGAAGUAUGACCUUGUGGUGUUGAGUGGAGGCACGGCUGACAUCAAUGCACCUGACCCAUGGGUGUUGCAAGAGUUGGACUUCAUCAGAAAGACGGUUGCGUCUUCGAACAUCAAGCUUGUUGGGAUAUGCUGGGGCCAUCAAGCAAUCAAUGUUGCGCUUGGAGGGAAGUUGGUUGUGAUGGAACAAGGUCCUGAGCUCGGCGUUACUGCAUUGGGCCUGACCGAGGAAGGCGCGGAGUUCUUCGACUUCGCCAGAGAAAAGGGCCAAGUGAGUAUCCACGAGUUCCACAGGCGCGAACUUGCCGAGAAUGCCGCAGGAUUCGUGCCGCUGGCGGAGAACAGGCAGAUCUUCAAGUCUCGAGACAACAGAAUCUUGACGUUUCAGGGCCAUCCAGAGAUGAGCGCAAAGCUGGCACAAGCGGCACUGGCGAAUGCGCCCGCAUACACGCAAACGUUCUCUGCUGAGCAGCUGUCGGCCAUCUCGAAGAGAAUGGAGAGAGACCAGGAUGGGGUGGCUAUUUUUGAGCGCGUGCUUCGCUGGGUGGACGAGAAAUGA